CGACAUGCAUUGUUUAUUGUUGUUUUCUGGAUGACUUGAUAUUCCAGUACAUAUUGGUUCGAAUCGUGGACUUCCUAGUUACUCUAACGAAAAUGGAAAUACUAUGCAGACUCGUGUUUGCUAUCUGUUUCUUCACGAUCUUUAAAGCAGGUUUUGCUCAACAUAUUACGGAACCAACAGCCAAAGAAAGUGAUUGCUUCGGCGAAAUUCUUAAAGGAAAUUGUUCAGAAACCAACACCAGGGCUUUUGUCAAACAGGUUAAUGCUGGCGUCAAGUAUCAUGAUCGAUAUACCGGUAAUGAUUCAUGUACUCCAUCUUUCUCUGCCCCACGAGAAUGCUGCGUCCAGGAACCAGACGACUGUCACGGUGAAUACAUCGCUGUUACUACUGAUCCCUACAGUUACCAUAAAGACUGUAUUGGAAAGAAUAAAUGUUCAGCAAGACAAGCUACUCGUAUGGACACACUGUAUCUGACCAGCUGUAACCAAAGUCUUUAUCCGCUCCAAACUACAUAUAUGGAUGUAGAAUUUUAUUGCAUUGAUGUUGAUACUAUAACUCCCUUAAACAAUGGAAACAAACAGAACGAUGGACAAGGGUCUACAUUAUACUUAUGGAGUGGCGACUCCAGCACUUACUCAGAACUGACAGUAGCAACUCGUACAUGUUCAGUUGAGACGGACUGUGAUGGUGAAAUCUCUGUAUUAAGCAUGGAUUUUAGAUUUGCUCCUGACAACGUGAAUAUAACUUGUAUUGAAGACAACAUGUUGUCUAUAACAGAUGGAUCGAAUACCAAUUAUUUCAAUUGUUCCUCAAACAACAACUUUGAGAUCACCACAUUGUAUACAAGCUCCAGUAACUAUAUUACUGUACAAUAUACAGGGACAACCGCUGGAGGCUAUCUAUGGCUAGGGUUUCAAACAUCAACAAACGGUAAUCUGACAAUAAACUGUCAAAGUCCAGGCCAAAUACAUACCUGUGAAACCUCUACAACCGAGGAACCAACAACCACAGAACAACAAACCACAACAGAUGAAAUCACAACAACUUCUUUACAGAGCACAACAGAUGAAACAACAACGGGAAGUUUGACAUCAACCGCAGAUCAAACGUUUACCACGGACAAUUCAUCAACUACAACAGACAAAGUUACAAAUGGAAAGUCAGAAUCACCAUCAUCAGGAAAUAACACUGGGAUGAUUGCUGGUAUUGUGGUGGCAAUAAUUAUACUUAUAAUUAUAGCGAUAGUUAUUGGUGUAUACUUAAGACAUCGAAAAAAACAGGCUUUGACAGGAAAAAAUCCGGAGAAACAGCCUCAUGCUUCCGAAAAUUCUGUCAAAAAGUCAAAUGGGGAAAACGUUAUAGUAUCGGAGGAAACACAAGGAGGAAGUUCAACGGUUCUCUCUAAUGAAAACGAAGUCAAUAGAGAAAACAAUAUGGUAAAUAAUGAGCAUUUACCAAUCGAGCUAACUGGUCCUGGCACCAGUCUAACACAGAUACCCCUACCCCCAAUAACAGCUAAAUUAAUACAGGACCAAUCUGAAUAUAAUGAAAAAAUAAAGAAAAAGAAGAAAAAGAAGAAACGCAAUAAGGUUGACGAUAAUGGUAGUGAGAUACAGGGUAAUGGCGUUUUACAAGGCAGUGGAGCAGAUAUCAAAAAUAUUGACGAAAAUGGGGAACAUUCUCGGAAACGUAAAAAGAAAAAGAAGAAGACAAAACGGCAGGAAAAUUCAGCUGAAUUAAAUGAACAGGAAUAUUUUGAAGAGACUCCCGAGCUUAAAGAAAAGAAGAAAAAGAAGAAAAAAAGAAAGAAAAAACAAAGAGAAGAUUCUAAUCAGGAAGAAGAGAAUGCAAUAACAACACUAACAAUAGAGAAAGAAAAUGACCCAGAGUAAAUGUGUUUUUUUUUAUAAGAUAACUUAUCUUUGCGAAUUUACUUCUUUUCUGACAGAAAAAAUGAUCAAUGUAUCAGCAUAACGAUAAUACAAAAAAAAUGUUCAUUUGUCAGUGUAAUAAGCCGGUUAAUAUACCUGUGGACUAUUUUAUAUUUUGUUUUCGGUAGCAUCAAUACAAUUCAAAGCACCGAAAUAUGCAAUUAAAUUAGAAACAAAUUAUUUCCUUUUACAUUUUUUUCUCAAUAUUUACUUUCCAUUACAUACUGAUGAGUUGAAUACUUAUUCUAAAAUGUGAGAUAAAUAUCUAUGAAGCAAAUAAUUUGUAAAUAUUGCCACUUUCAUCAACAUUUUUUUUACAAUCUCUUUGAAAGUUUGUGAUCUCAGAAAUCUUUAAAAACUCUUUAAUAUAAAGCAGUUUACCGAUGUUUGGUUAAUAUAAUGAAACUAGGUGUGAAAAAUUUAGAUGCCUAUUUUAGAAAAAAAAAAACAAGACAAAAAAAAAAGCCCACUGUGUUUUGCUUUUAUUUUUGUUUAACUCUGAUGAGUUUCUAUGUCAUAGUAGUCACAUUUUUGCUCUAUUCACGAGUAUUUUUUUUUAUCUGUCACGCGUUUACUUUAUACGGAAAAAGUCCUGAUGCAUGUGACAAACAAUAGGAGCUUGGCUGUCUAGGAACAUUAACAAACAAAAGUUACCCCUUGCAUGAUAGUUCUUUUCUUUCGGAUUAUUAAGAAUCUUCGGACCAAUGUCUGCAAUUAGUUGUGGACGUGUACUUACAUACAUCCUACAGGUAUUUAUAAAAAUAAGAAGAUGUGGUAUGAUUGCCGAUGAGACAACUCUCCACCAGAAACCAAAUGACUUAGAAGUUAACAACUAUAGGUCACCGUAAGGCCUUCAACAAUGAGCAAAACCCAUACCGCACAUUAAGCUAUAAAAGGCCCAUAUAUGACAAAUGUAAACAAUUCAAUCGAGUUAACUAACGGCCUAAUUUAUGUAAAAAAAAAACAGUAAACGAAAAACAAAUAUGAUAAACAGCAACAAACAACAAACACUGAAUUACAGGCUCCAGACGUGGGACAGGCACAUACAGAAUGUAGUGGGGUUAAAAUGUUUGCGAGGCCAACCCUCCCCUAACCUGGGACAGUGGUGUAACAACAUAACAUAAGAAAAAACUAUAAAAAUCAGUUGAAAAGGGCUCAACUCAUCAGAUCGAAACAAAGCGCAAAAACAACGAACAAAAACACAAAAGACACAAAGUAGAAAUUUGAGAGUACUUGCAGUAUUUAAAGCUAGUUCAAAGCCAAUAAAAACUAAUAAAAAAUCAUGUGUCUAAUUUUGUUCACCCAACAUGUGUAGUUUGUACUGCUCAUCUCGAAUUACCUCAUCUUAUUGAUAAAAUAUGGUGCAAAUGAUUUAAUAUACGCGUUAGUUUGUAUAUUAGUGUGUGUGUAUAAUUGUGUGAAUUUUUAUUUAAUAGUUUAUUCACGUGAAUAUUAUGAUUAAUGUAUUCAUGCACAGUAUAAUAUAUUCUAGAAAACAAAACAAGAGAUGAAAAUUUAUGUAUUUUCAAAUAGAAGGAGUUUUAUCUGUGUGUUUUGUGUACUGUGUGCAUUCUUUUUAUCAGCCAAUGCGUUUUCAUGUUUGUUAAAGUAUAUUGCAGACACUAUAGAUAAUUUUAAAUUGUACUUGAAUCUCGACCGAUAGUAAGACUUCCCUAGUAUAUAUAUAAUGUCUUAUACGAACGAAGAUAUUCUGAACAGAGUAUUAUGUCAUUUACAAUACAGCACUUUAAACAAAUGUAUGUAAUGGAUUCAAUUUCUUUUAUAACUUGAUUAAAAGUUACUAUUUUGAGAAUCUUCGAAGCCUUAUAUUUGAUUAUAGUUUGUACGUUUUUGUCAUCUAAUUUUAUGUACUUAUUAUUUCAUAACCACAAAUUUAUUACUGUGCACUUUAAAUUUAUUUUUUACCAAGAAAAAUGGGUAGUCAGCUAUUCCCUUUUAUUUAUACAAGUUGUCAUUAAUGUUGUUGAAAUAAAUAAAUGUUAUC